UGAAUUGACGUGGUUCAAAAUCGCAUUAAAUCGAAUUCUAAUUAUUUUUCUCUUCGAUUCCGUUUUAAUCGAACCAGAUUAAUUGACCUGAAAAUUCUUUUCUAAAAUUAUUGUUUUGUAAGGAGAAAAAAAAAUCAAAUUUUUUGUAUUUGAGUCUUAAAUGGUGACUCAGCAAGAUGUGAUUACUUGGUUGCCACCGCAUAAUGUUUUUAAAGUUUUAUAGUUGCCACCUGAAUCCUGAUAUUAAUUUCUCUGUUUUACCGUCCACGGUUGAUUUUCUUCAAGAAGUAAAAUUCAGUUAAUAUUUCAGAUGAAUCCAGCUGAGGAGGAUUUCAAACCCUUCUCACCGUCGUCUCUUGUCAGUUCUCAUUCAAAGUUCUCAGUUUCACAAAGCUAAAGUUCACUCAGUCUCUGCUCUUUCACCCUGUCCAGUUCCCUCCAUAGUCGAUUCCAGCUUACGGAGCAAAAGAGAAGGGCAAAGUCGGCUUCUUUCGUGGUAUGACCUGACUCUCUCUGGUAGUGAAUUCUGGGAAUCGUUUGAUGAAUUGAGUCAAUGUUAUAUGUUUCUCUCGUUCGUUCGGGAAGGUGAAAAGGGGGUGUCUUUAUUGCUAAAUGUUGCUUUUGGGUUUCGAGGGAAUGGGAUGGAAUAACUUAUGGAAAUUAGGGUUCUUAUGUAAUUUACUUGCAAUGGUGGCAUUGCAGCGAAAGGGACAAAAAGAUGAUGGUGACUACAAUGCUGCUCAGGAGCAAAAUGGCUGCUGAAAAGGUAGCCACUGGAGUUACUCCAAACAAGGGAUUGAAAUUAAUGGAAAGAUAUUUCAGCACACAAGUUCUCAAGUCUCCGUUGUCUUUGAUGUCUCUUGACAUGCCUGACAUCUGGGCUCCUCCCUCUCCCACCGACUACUGUUCUCCAUCUUCGUCCCCUUGUAACUUUAGUGGACAGCAGACUGCUGCUGUUAUUGAUGGGAAGUCAAUUGCAGAGGAAAUUAGGUCAGCAAUAGCUAUUGAAGUAAGCAGGAUGAGGAGAUGCAUAGGAAAAGUUCCUGGCUUGGCUGUUAUCUUGGUGGGACAGAGGCGCGACUCUCAGACAUAUGUUCGCAAUAAGAUCAACGCAUGUGAAGAAGUUGGGAUCAAGUCCCUCUUCAGUGCGCUUCCUGAGGAUUGCACAGAAGAUACUGUUGUCAGAGAAUUGUUGCGUUAUAACAAUGAUCCAUCAAUUCAUGGUGUUCUUGUUCAGCUCCCUUUACCAAAACAUUUGGAUGAAGAGAAGAUUCUGAAUAUGGUGAAAUUAGAGAAAGAUGUGGAUGGCUUUCAUCCAGUGAACAUUGGGAAUCUUGCAAUGAGGGGAAGGGAGCCGUUGUUCGUCUCAUGCACUCCCAAGGGUUGCAUCGAAUUGUUGAUAAGGUCAGGAGUGGAGAUCAUGGGGAAGCAUGCUGUGGUCAUUGGAAGAAGUAACAUCGUUGGUUUACCUACAUCCUUGUUGUUGCAGAGACACCAUGCAACCGUCACCAUCCUCCAUGCAUUUUCAAAGAGUCCCGAGCUGACCACCCAAGAAGCUGACAUUGUGGUCACAGCUGCCGGGGUGCCCAAUUUAGUGCGUGGUGACUGGUUGAAGCCGGGUGCAGUGGUGAUUGAUGUUGGGACAUGUCCAAUAGAGGAUCCGAGCAGUGAAUUUGGUUAUCGGCUCGUAGGUGACGUGUGCUAUGAAGAAGCAGCUAGAGUAGCAUCGGCCAUAACCCCUGUUCCUGGAGGAGUUGGACCUAUGACGAUUGCUAUGCUUUUAGCCAACACUCUAGAUGCCGCCCAGCGAGUAGGUGAUUUCAACUGAAGAGACGUUGUCUAUAUGUUACUUGGCUAUUGCAUCAUUUUUGCUUUGUGUUAUUAUUAUGGCCUUCCAGUAAUACAAGAAAAGCUGGUUGUCAGUAAACAGUAAGGUGCUUGGAUUGAGAUGUUAGAUUAACUGUAGGUCUCAGACAUGUAACAUGAGAAUUAUAUUCCUGUUAAAUAGAUUAGUUGGAGUUUA